AUGGAUCCGACUGCUAACCCUCUAGUUAAGGAGAUCAGCACAGAACGCAACGUUACUGAGGACUCCAAGCAGAACGACACUGCGGGCGUCACACAUUCGCACAAUGGCGAACAGAACGAGAAGGCUGCCUCCACAGAAAUCAGCUCGGAAGCUCAGAAUGUUGUGAUUGAUUCGGAAGACGACUUUCCUGAAGGUGGCAUCAGGGCCUGGCUUGUGGUGGUAGGCGCAUGUCUUUGCCUGUUUCCAAGCUUUGGAUUCAUGGUCAGCAUCGGUCCGGUACAGGAUUACCUUCACCAAAAUCAAUUGUCGGAGUACUCAUCUAGAGAUGUUGGAUGGAUUCCCUCGGUCUUCGUCUAUUUAUCGCUUGCGUUGGGCAUCUGGGUCGGGCCUCUCUUCGAUCGUUAUGGCGCGAGAUGGAUCGCAUUGGGUGGGUCUAUCGGCUAUACCAUCAUGAUGUUCUUACUAGCAGAGUGUGAGAAAUAUUGGCAUUUCAUGCUAUGCCUGGGUUUCCUAGGUGGUAUCACAGGUGCGGCGCUGACGACAACCAGUCUGGCCUGUGUUGCACAUUGGUUCAAGCGACGACGAGGGUUGACGCAGGGAAUAGCAAUGAUCGGUAGCAGCUUCGGCGGAUUGACCAUACCUUUGAUCUUGAGAGCAACGUUUCCAAACUAUGGAUACAAAUGGUCGAUCAGGAUUUUAGCCUUCCUAUUUCUGGGCUGCUUCGUGAUUGGAAACCUCAUCAUGCGGUCGAGGAUCCCUUACAACAAGAACGCCAAGAAGAAGAGUAUCAUAUCGCUGUCGAUAUUUGCUGACUUGCGCUUCUCAUUAUUGACAGUAGCUGUUUUCUGCUUUGAGGUCGUCUUGUUCGGCAGUCUAGGCAUCGUGCCUACAUAUGCAACCAUCAGCACAGACUACCCUCCCAACACCGGUUUCUAUCUCAUAUCCGUGAUGAACGGUGUUUCGUCUGUGGGCCGACUAAUCACCGGCUAUAUAUCGGACAAAUAUGGGCGGUUCAACACUCUGCUGGUUUCCGCAAUCAUCGCGUUACUAGCCAUGCUCAUUGUUUGGCUUCCUUUCGGUCAACACCACUUGGCAGCAAUGUACGUCUUUAUCUCGUUGUGGGGAAUGAUGACAGGUUGCUGGAUGGCUUUGGUGCCAGCAUGUAUUGGCCAGCUGUGCAGAGCGGAUGAGUUUGGUAGGUACUACGGGACAUGCUACUUUGUCGCCUCGCUGAGUACUCUUGUGUGCAUUCCCAUCAGUGGUGAGCUUGUUGAGAUCGUUGGCCCAACGGCGAUGGUGGCAUUCUAUAUUGCUGUUCUUGCCCUGGGAGUUGUGGCUUUCACAGCCAGUCGAUGGGCUUGUCUACACUGGAAAUGGGACUGGACGACGAAAGUGUGA